AUGCAUGGACCAUGUGGACAAAAGUGUAUGGAUGAUAACAAAUGCACCAAAAAGUUUCCACGACCCUACAAUGACAACACAAGCAUCAAUGAAGCUGGCUACAUUACUUACCGUAGGAGAUAUGAAGAAACAAAAUUUGUCAUGAAAGGAGACGCAAAGCUUGAUAAUAGCUAUGUUGUGCCUCACAAUCUCUUACUUCUUAAAAAAUACAGAGCUCAUAUCAAUGUUGAAUGGUGCAAUAGAUCAUCAGCCAUAAAGUAUCUGUUCAAGUAUAUCACAAAAGGAGUUGACAUGGCUACAAUGGCAAUCGAAAAGAAACAACUGGGGGAACAGAAAACAGAAGAAAGUGAAUCAGAAGAAGAGAUCAAUGAGAUAGCGAACUACUUGGAAUGCCGUUACCUCUCUGCAUGUGAAGCUGCUUGGCGUACUUUUGCCUUUGAUAUACAUGAACGAAAACCUGCAGUAACAAGAUUACCAGUACACCUAGAAGAUCAGCAGAGAAUUGUUUACCCUGAAGACAGCAAUCUCGAAUCCAUUAUCUCACAAUAUGGAAUUGAGAAAACAAUGCUUACCGAAUAUUUUGAGAUGUGCAAACGAUGUCCUGAAGCAAGAGAACUUACAUAUGGCCAGUUCCCUACAAAAUUCGUGUGGGAUUCAGAUGCAAAAACGUGGUCACCAAGGAAACAAGGAUUCAGCAUAGGAAGAAUAGCAAACAUUCAUCCAACAGCAGGAGAUUUAUAUUAUUUGAGAAUGUUACUAAAUAUACUCAAAGGUCCGACAAGCUUUGAUGAUAUGAAAACAGUUGACAAUGUCAAACACAAGUCAUUCAAAGAAGCAUGUUAUGCAAGAGGAUUGUUGAAUGGUGAUUCAGAAUGGAAAGAGGCUAUGGAUGAAGCAGCACAAUAUGCAUAUCCUUUCCAGCUUCGCCAUCUUUUUGUGACAUUGUUACUCUACUGCGAAUUAAGUAGUCCUCUUAUUCUAUGGGAGCAUUGUUGGCGUCACUUAGCUGAAGACAUAGCCCAUAAACAGAGACAGACAUUCAACUUCGAGGCCCAAGAAUUCACAGAUGAAGAGCUACAAAGCUAUACACUUAUAGAAAUAGAGAGGAUUCUAGCGCAAAAUGAUAAAUCACUAACCGAUUUUGAAGACAUGCCAAAGCCAGACAGUGAAUUGUUGAAGAAAAUGAAAAACUCAAUGCUCAGAGAUGAAACGACUUACAAUAUGCUUGAACAAGAAGAAGAGCAUAAAAAGUUAAUACAAACAUUAAAUGAGGAGCAGAAGAAAGUAUAUGAAGCUAGUGUUAUUGACUCGGUUGACUUGGCAUCAUCUGGAAUUGCAGCUAUACUUUUACCUAAUGGUAGAACAGCACAUUCGCGUUUCAAGAUUCCGAUAGAUCUUCACCAAGACAAUCCAGAUGCAGCAACAAAACCCUUUGGAGGGAAAACAGUACUCCUUGGUGGUGAUUUUAGACAAAUUCUGCCAGUCAUUCCACAAGGCACGAGGCAACAAACUGUUAUGGCAACAAUCAACCGUAUCGGUGACGGUACAACACCUACACCAGCAAAAUACAGAACCUCGAAUGAAGAAAUCAGCAUAGUUGAAAUAGACAACAGUCUGCUCUUGAAAAACAAUGGAGAUCCUGUUGAAUGCAUUACAAAGUCUACAUAUCAAGAUUUCCAAGUUCAUUUUAAAGAUAAGAAUUAUCUCAUCGAGAGAGCAAUACUUACUCCAAGGAACGAAACAGUGGACGAAGUGAAUAACUACAUGAUAUCUUGCUUAGACGGAGAGCAGAAGGAAUAUUUGAGUUCUGAUAUUAUUGGGAUUCCAAAUCACAAACUUUAUCUCAAAAUAGGUGUUCCAGUCAUGCUACUAAGAAAUUUAAACCAACGGGAAGGACUUUGCAAUGGUACAAGGUUGCUAAUAACUCGCCUAGGCAACAUGAUUAUUGAAGCAGAAAUUCUUACCGGAACUUAUGCAGGAAAACGGGUUCUUAUUCCUAGAAUAAGUCUCACACCAACAGAUGCAAGAUGGCCUUUCAAGCUGAAACGACGUCAGUUCCCAGUACGAGUUUGCUAUGCAAUGACUAUCAAUAAGAGCCAAGGUCAAAGCUUAAACAAAGUUGGUCUAUAUUUGCCAAGUCCAGUCUUCUCUCACGGACAACUAUAUGUCGCCCUAUCAAGAGUCACUACAACUGCAGGGCUUCAAAUUCUUAAACUCGAUCUCAACAUCAACUGGUCUGUCCCACCGUUCUUUACCUAUCCGUACCUAGGUGUUCCUCAAAAUUCCAAGAAGCUAACCAUCCUAAACUGCGAGCCUCUUCUAAAUCAAGUCAAGAACAAGGUUAAUACCUGGAGUGAAUCGCUUUCUUUUGCUGGAAGGUUGCUAUUGGUGAACACUAUCAUUGCUGGAAUCACAAACUUGCAGCUGACGGAUGAAGAAGACACCUACGAGGCCUACCUAAACACAACUUCCUGGCUUGGCUUUUUGAACUAUACUGCAGCCCUACAAGAGAUCGACAAAUCAACUGGGGCCUCAAUGUUGAUCCAGUCUGCCUUCUAUGCAAUGCGGCUCCAGAAACUCGAGAUCAUCUUCUUUUUGACUGCUGUUACAGCUGGGAAGCCUGGUCCUCAACGUAGCUUUGCUAAUCAGGUUACCACUCCAUCAUCAACUACUUAA